UAUGAGGCAACAUCAGCUCACCGAGAGAGAAGCGUGUCUCCUGCGUGGCACAUUUUUUUUUUUUUUUAUUUUCUUACAUAAAAAGUAGCCGAAUAGCUGUUCACACUUGGAUCGCUUGAACGAAACGCACAGAGCGACGAAUCUUAUGCAACCCAGCUGAGAAUCUGCGGAUUAAUAUCGUGGGAGUGGGUUUAUUUCCCGACGCGGCCGGAUCCAGAUCUAGAGGAGAGAGAGGCUGAACUCAGGUCCUCCGUCCUGACAUGGACACAGAAAUUGUACCCGAAAAGAAAAGAGUGAGCUCAGAGCGGAGGAAGGAGAAAUCGAGGGAUGCAGCAAGAUGCCGUCGUGGGAAAGAGUCAGAGGUGUUCUACGAUCUGGCCAAGCUGCUGCCCCUCCCACACAGCGUCAGCUCCAGCCUGGACAAGGCCUCCAUCAUGAGGCUGACCAUCAGUUACCUGCGCAUGAGAAAACUACUCUGCACUGAUGAGCCAAUUGAAGGAGAGGAGACGGAGCUUGAUAUCCAGCUAAACAGCUCAUACCUAAAGGCCUUGGACGGUUUUUUCAUGGUGCUAUCUGAGGAUGGGGAUAUGAUCUAUAUCUCAGAGAAUGUCAACAAGUGCCUCGGCCUGGCGCAGUUUGACCUGACUGGACACAGCGUGUUUGAUUUCACACAUCCCUGUGACCAAGAGGAGCUCAGGGAGAUGCUGGUCCACAGAACAGGCUCCAAGAAAGUUAAGGAAUCAAAUACAGAGCGCAGCUUCUUUCUCCGAAUGAAAUGCACCCUCACCAGCAGAGGUCGCACUGUCAAUGUCAAGUCAGCUUCGUGGAAGGUGCUUCACUGCUCUGGUCACGUGCAGGUUAAUGAGAGUCAAGCUGAGAAUACCACCAAUUGUCACAGUGACCCCCCUGUCCCCUACUUUGUUUUGAUCUGUGACCCCAUUCCCCACCCCUCCAACAUCGAGGUCCCACUGGACACCAAGACCUUUCUCAGCCGCCACACGAUGGACAUGAAGUUCACAUAUUGUGACGAGAGGAUCACUGAGCUCAUGGGUUAUGAUCCAGAGGACCUGUUGAAUCGUUCCGUGUAUGAGUACUAUCAUGCUCUGGAUUCAGACCAUCUUACCAAGACUCACCACAACUUGUUUGCAAAGGGUCAAGUCAGCACAGGCCAGUACCGGAUGUUAGCAAAGAGAGGAGGCUUUGUGUGGGUGGAAACACAGGCCACUGUCAUCUACAACAACAAGAACUCCCAGCCACAGUGUGUCGUCUGUGUCAACUUUGUGCUCAGUGGAAUCGAGGAAGAAAAACUCGUCUUGUCUCUGGAGCAGACUGAGGAUGUAAAGCCAGUAAAGAAGGAAGAGCAAGAAGUCAAGGAGGCUGUAAUGGAGAGCAGCCAGCCUUCCCCGGUGAAGGAAGAGACGUGCCCAGAGCUGGAUGUGGUCAAGCUCUUUACACAGGUGGUAGAGCCUGAGCCGCUGAUUAGCCUGUUUGAAAAGCUCAAGGGGAAGCCGGAGGCCCUCACCCAGCUGGCCCCGGCAGCUGGAGACACAAUCAUCUCCCUGGACUUCAGCUGUCCUGAACCGGACACCCACCUGCUGGAGGAAGUUCCUCUCUACAAUGAUGUAAUGCUUCCCUCCACAAGUGACAGACUGGUCAUGCCUCUGUCCCCUCUUCCUCCCAGCGAGCCCCUACAGGUCUCCAAUAACCCGGAGGAGUCCAAAUCUGAGAGCUUUCCUCCAACCCCCUCCACUGCACCAACCACCCCUAGUCCUCCAGAGGCUGACGGUCCACUUGACAUCUUCCCUAUCGAUUCUGAUAUGAACUCAGAUUUUAAACUAGACUUGGUGGAGAAGCUGUUUGCCAUUGACACCGAGUCUAAAACCACCUUCAGCACACAGGACUUGGAUCUGGAGAUGUUGGCUCCCUACAUCCCCAUGGACGAUGACUUCCAGCUGCAGUGCAUCAGCCCAGAAGAGCCUCUGUCAUGUGAACCCGUCGAAACCCCCGAAAGUUCUCCAGUCCAGGGCACACAGAACAUUCAUGAUUAUUCCGACUCUCAGUUCAGCGCACCAAGCAGUCAGGCGGCUUCUCCUACACCACCUGAACCUGUCAGCGCUCCUCUUCUGGCCACCAUCAUUACACAGAGCACCCCACAGUUGGAGAAAGAAGUUCCCUUGAAGACUCUAGCAGCUCAGAACAUACAGCGCAAAAGAAAACUGAACGACCUGAAGGAGUUAAUUGGACAGGAAACGCUGCCUCAGGAAGAAGUUGAAAAGGGCAAAAAAAUGAAAGCAUCAGAAUCCGGAACAACCAAGACUAUAUUUCUAGUGCCUUCAGAUUUGGCAAGUCGAUUGUUUGGCACCACAGAAGCAUCCACUUCCCUUUUCAGCCUACCGCAGCUCACCCGCUACGACUGCGAGGUCAACGCCCCUUUACAGGGCCGUCAGUACCUGCUGCAGGGCGAGGAGCUGCUGCGUGCUCUGGACCACGUCAACUGAGUCAGUGCUUCACUGCUGGACUAGACUGGACACUACAAUUAGUCCCUCACAUUUUCACUCCCAAGACUCUCCACGUAUCUUGCCCCCCCCCCACUACCACACCCCGCUGCCCUUAUUUAUGUAUCCGUAUGAUUUGACCUUAGUUUGGCUGCUGUUUGUGCACAUCAAGUGAAAUUUGCAGCAUUCCACCGUGACAAACGCCAUAGCAGCAUCUUGGUUUUUGGUGCAAGGGAUUCAGACAUCAUGAGAUGUCCAGUUGUGAUUUUAUUAUUACUAUUAUUUUGUUUUUUUUUGUCUUUGUCUUUCCCCUCUCUCCUCUGGGGAGACUUUCAGCACACAGCGCCUUGAUAGAUGACCUUCUCCUGCAGGUCACCAUAGAACCUGGCGCUACUGCCAGCAGUGUAUUGUAAGCUUCAGUCGCACAAUUUAUAUUUUCUUAAAGAAAAAAAUAUUACCAGCAAUAUAUAUUAAGCCUUUUUAAAAGUAGUUUUAAUGGAAUAUGAACAAUUUUAUUUUUCCUCCCAUACUUGUAUGUUGUAGUACUCGUACCUAACAGAUGUCUUUAGUCCAGAAGUAUGAAUAUGUUGUUUAAACCUAAAGUGGUUUGAAUGUUCUCAUGUUAUAGCUGUCUCUGAUAUAAUACAUUUAAUUGUGUAGCAGUCCAGUACGUCACUUUAUUUCAGUGUGUGUGUUACUGUACUUAUACCAGGGAAAUUUGAAUUUACUCAGUCUGGCUUCACUGUCCAGUGAAUCUGCAAAUUAUAUCUUCAUUUGAAUUUACUUCUUUUGUGCAGGAUCGGCAUUGUUCUUUUACACGAAGUAAAUCCAUGUUCUUGGUCAUUACUGUUUGUGGCAUACUUAAAAACAGUCAGUUUAAAUAAGUGGGAUCUUCAUAUUUUACUUAAACAAUCAUCAUUGUAGCAUUAGUGACUUGUCAGGCUUUCUUGCUCACUUACUGUGAUGGUAGCCAGUUUAAUACCAUUGCUCCUGCCAUACCAUUGAGUCUAUCCUGCUUUGUUUUGCUGUUUAACAAUAAAUGGCUUAAAUAAAGUGAACUGUUUCGGG